UUGAGCCCCUCCCCGACCUGUGGCUGUGGUUGCUCGCACUUUUUUCCCCUCAUGGCGGAGAGCAUAGACGACGGCGAGUUCUGGCUCCCCCCGCAGUUCCUCUCCGACGCCGACGCCGACGACGACGACGACCUCCUCGUCUUCCCGGAGCGGCGGUGCCCCGCCCCCGGUGGUGGCUCCUCCGCCGCCGCCGCCGCCGCGACCCAUGCGGCUUCGGCUUCGGCUUCGGCGUUACCGUACUUCGAGCGGGCGCGCGGGGUCGUACUGUCGCCGGAUCUCGGCUCUCCGGUGGAGUCCGUGGUGGGGUCGACGGAGGAAUGGAGCGACGUGGAGGAGCGCAUCGCCGACUUGACUCGCAAGGUGGCUCAGUCUACCCUCGAAGACGAUUUCGAGUACUCGAAGGGUUUCUUCUUGUCGGGCUCGCCCAAAUCGACGCUGUGCGGGCUCCGGAGCGGUUGCGGGUGCGGCCAGGGCUCGAGCCGCGGCAGCCCGAACGGCCCGUCGCAGCCCGCUUCGCCUCCGGGCACGCUGAACCUCCUCCGCGAGGCCGCCGGCAGGGUCGCUCACCUGGGCAUCAACGACGAGGAGCUCUACGCCCUCAACAGCUUCGCUAAGUACCACAAGUACGACGUCGCCCCCUACUCUUACCCGUCGAUCUCGCAGCACCAGCCCUUUCAGGCCGCCACGCCGUUUCGGCACGUGACGACGAUGGCUCAAGCUCCGUUCCAGGGUGUGAGGAACAGCGAUUUCGCGGGCGUCGUCGGGAACGGACGGUUUGCCGCGGCCGCCGCGUGGCCGACUCUGCAACAAGCGCAUCGACAACAGUCGGAGCUGCGGAGCCACCACCUACACGGGUCGGGCAGGAGGGCUGUGUUUCUCGGAUCUGCUGGGCUCAAGCGAGAAUCGGCGGGGACGGGCGUGUUCUUGCCUCGGCGGGCUGUCUCCGAGCCCGAACAUCGCAAAAAGACAGGUUCGACGGUGUUGAUCCCUGCAAAAGUAGUGCAGGCCCUGAACCUGAACUUGGACGACACAGGCUCUCAGCCCCAGCUUCAGUCUCGUCUUAACGUCUGCUUCGCGCCUGAGAGUGAUGGAGCCUGGAGAUACAGAAGCAACCGGCCUCAUCAUGUCCAACAGAGAGGCAAUCACCAUACCCACCACCAUCACCAUAACCGGCGGCCACCGGCGAUGAGCCAUGAGAUCCGGCUUCCUCAGGAGUGGACCUACUAACGAACCACAUCUUGACGGAACGCUCUCGUCUUUGGCACCAGCGUCUCCAUAGUUAAAAAAGAAGCAAAGGUUUAGGGCUAUUACUACAGUUCUUUUUAGCGGUGAAAGAAAGCAAAGAUUUUAGUUGGGUACCAUUAAAAGUUUUAAGUGUUGAAGAGGGUUCUUUUUGAGGGGGGUGGGGGAUUAUUAGGGUUUUUAGUGGUGGGUAAGAAGGAGAAGGAGAAGGAGAAGAAGGAAGCAAUAAAUGUUUGCAUUGAAGGGAAGUGAACGACGCAGCAGCAAACCAAGCACACAACACAAUCAUGGCCAGCUUUUCUCGAUGUCUCGGGCUCAGAGGACGAGGCGGUGCCUUCCUUUUUGGUUUUUGGCCUUCUGGUAAUAAGCGAUGUGCUUUUUUUUUAUUUUUUUAUUUAGUGGAAAGGAGUGUAAGAUUUGUUUUUAUUAUUGUUAUUAUUUUUUCGCUUUCUUUUUUUAUAAUAUCGGAAUGGAGUGUGUGAGAAGAGGAUUUGAAGUUGUUGUGGGAGGAGGGUCGAUCCAUGUUUUGGGAAAAGAGAGGAGUUUUUCAAACCCUCUGAUUUUUCGCAGUGUUUUUUGUUCCUGGGAUUUCGUUCCAGACCAGCCUGUCCACCCCCCCUCAGAUAUUCCAUAAUAAUGAUAAUGAUAAUUUGUUUUGAUCUAUUA